AUGACACAAAAGCUCAUUGUGAUAGUGGGCGCGACAGGUGGCCAGGGAGGAUCAGUUGUUUCAACAUUUCUGAGGGCCGGAGGAUGGAGAAUCCGCGGCCUGACCCGCAAUCCUGAGAGCGACAAGGCAAAGGCCCUCGCCGCACAGGGCGUCGAGAUGGUCAAAGCAGAUAUUGGAGAUAUGGCUAGUCUCGAAAUAGCAUUUCAUGGUGCCCAUGUGAUCUUCGCUAUUACGGACUACUACGAGAACUUCUGGACGAAAGGCUGGGAAAGGUCCAUGGAGAUCGAGUACACACAUGGCACCAACAUGGCCAAAGCAGCUAGCAAGGUGUCGACUCUCGAACACUAUCUGUGGAGUACUCUGCCUCACAGCACGCGUGUCUCUGAAGGAAUGGCACUUGUGCCUCACUUUGAUGCAAAGGGCCGUGUAGAUGAAUUCAUCCGAGAGGACAAGGCGCUCUUGGAGAGGACCACUUUUUGCUUUUUCACCACUUUUGUCAUCAAUCUGACGGAGUAUGAAGUGUUCAAGCCCAUCUACCUGCCCGCAGCAAAAAGAUGGAUUCAGAUCUAUCCCGCUGAUCCCGAUUCCGCAUACCCAUCUCUGGGAGACCAUCGGGUCAAUACUGGGAUAUUUGUCCACAGCUUGGUUAACAACCGCCCACCGGGUGGAACGUAUGUGAGAUGCAGUGUCGAAGAUCUCACGCUGGAAUCGUUCCUCGCCCUCUGGGGUAGGGCAAGUGGUGUUGCUCCAGGGUCGGGAUCAACCAAGGUAAUUCAAGUUUCUCCCGAGACAUAUAUCGAUCUGUAUGGACAUAUGGGAGAGGAGCAAGCACGCCAGUGGGAGUUCUCCCGCAUCCUGAAAGAGACAGGCGCCUUGAACAGAUAUGGAAUCCAUGUCCAAGAGGCACAAGAGUUCAUGUCCAAAGAUGCUAUUGCGUCCCUUGUGAGCCCCGAACAAUCUUUGAGGAACAUUGAUUGGAAGGCCCAUGGAUACUAG